GAAAACCCUCGCAUCCCGAAAACCCCCUUCGGCAGUUCCGUCCCUCGUAUCACCCGGACCAGCCACCGCCAACUCCCCUGAUCCCCUCACACCCCCUCCAUCCCCCUAUCCAGCAUCGACGCCAUCGCUGGUGGCCGCUCCCGGCCACCUCCCCGUCGACAUGAUCUCCUCGCCGGCGCAGGAUUCGCCCCCCUCCGUCGUCUCCCAGGACUGCCCUACCUCACACCGAUCGCUGGUACCCUUGUUUGGUUAAUCGAUCCUUCCCUUAGCUUUGGUCCCCCCCCCCCCCCCCCAAAUCUGUUUGGCCCGUUGUUGAUGUGGGUGGGUUUUUUGUGUCGGCUACAUCAUGAGCAGCUUUUGAUUAGGUUGGUAGUACUGAUUUGGUGGCAUCUUGUCGUUUGAUUUCGAAAGGUUUUGGUAGAUUGUGUGCUCGAUAUCGUAGUAUGCACAUUCCUGAUGCGAAAAAUUAUUUAUUUUAUGUAAAAAAGUGCCGAUCUUCAAUGGCUGUAUAACAAAAAUAACUGUUACUUCCAAGCAGUCUUUGUUAGGUGAUGGAUACACAUGAGAAGUCUGGCUUUAAUGGGCCUGACAUAUCUUUUAGGCUGAAUUUACAUUUGUUACUGCAUAAAUUGAAGGCAUUUGGUUUGCGUUGGUGCAUAUGGUAGCUGCAAACACCUAAGGCUGUAUGCAAGUUAUAGGAAGGUUAGGAGCUCAAAAUAACAACAAAUCAGUUUAUGUUAUUCUCUGAAUUGAGCUUGGAACCAAAGAAAGUAUGAACAGAAGCACGAGAAAUCUGCCCAAUAGCAUUUGCUCGUGUUUUCAAAUAAGCCAAGUGAUAUAGAGUCUAAAUCACUUUGGGCAAUUCGAAGAUCCAUGUGUCCUUGCCACAUAGUUGUCGUGGCAUUGUUAUGUCGUCGCCAUAACGACAAUAUGGCGGCAUGGCGGUGAUCUGCUCCUCGCCGGAGUGUAUGCAUCCGCCAUAUCGGCAUGGCGUCACUGUGGGGCCGAUAAGGCGUCCUGUGGUGGGCACCAUACCGGUCAAUUGAGGGGAUGAGAAGGAGGAGGAGAGGUCGGGUGGGUCGCAGACUGAGAUGAGACCGCGAGAGCACCUGACCUAGCCUUAGUUGGCAAUUGGUGAGUUGCGGGUCACCGCCGCCACCGCCGAGACCGAGCCGUUUGUCACCCUUGCUCAGAUUCGUGAGCCGCGGCGCUGCCAGAGCUGUCCGCCUCCACCACUCUGCCUGUAUGUCUGUGUCCGCCUGCCCGAGACUGGUCCGCCUGCCUGUGCUCGAGAUCUCGCCGCGCGCCGCCCCGUCGCCGUCGCCCCUGCUCAGAUCCGUCUACCGCGGCGCCGCCCCUGCUCGGAUCCGUCUGCCACUCCUCCUUCACGUGCUCCUCUCCGUCCGCCUGCCCGAGAUCUCACCGUGCGCUGCCGUCGCCCUGUCCGCCCCUGCGCAGCCCCUCUUGAGCUCAAGAAAACGAGAUUCCACCAAGGAUUCUGUUGGCUUGUAUGCUGUCCAAUGCUGUGAAUGUUACAAGUGGCGUAUGGUUCCAACUAAAGAAGAUUUUGAGACAAUUCGUGAGAACUUCACUGAGGAACCAUGGUUCUGCAGGAGAAGACCAGAUUGCUCUUGUGAAGAGCCCGCUGACAUUGAGUAUGACAACAGCCGCAUCUGGGUCAUCGACAAGCCCAACAUACCAAAGCCUCCACCAGAGACUGAGAGACUAGUGAUUAUGAGGCGUGAUUACUCUAAAAUGGAUACCUACUAUGUCAUGCCAAAUGGGAAGCGUGCAAGGUGCUCUGGGGAUGUGGACAAGUUUCUGGAGGCACAUCCAGAGUACAAAGACCGCAUAUCAGUUUCAAACUUCAGCUUUGCACCACCCAAGGUUGUUGAGGAGACUGUUUCUCACAACACUGCGUGGAAGGCUGCCAAGGCCAAGAAGCAGGACAAGGCAGACGUUUCGAGUGGCCAAAAGUGAUUGAAACUCUAAACCGUGCCUGUUCUUUGUUUAGGUGAAAAUCAGAUCAGGAUCACGACGUCUUCCUAUCUAGUUUAACUGAAGUUAAGUCUGUUUUAUCUCUAUCACUUAGCUUGGCGUGAUCUGAUGCACUUUUGAACCCUUUUGUGUCAAUUCCUUAGAAAACCAUGAGAUGGUUGAUAAAAUGCUGUCGGUCUGUAACUGCUUCAGUUACAUAUCCUUAAGUCAUGUGCUUCCUAA